GGGUUGUUGUUGUUGUUGUUGUUGUUUUAAAAAAAUAAAGCUAUUCCAUCUCUCUGAAUGAGAUGGAGGAAAAGAAAUGACAAGAGAAUCACAACUGUGUGAAGAGCUCAUAGGCAGAAUGGCAGGUUGGGAUGUGUUGUGACCCCGGCCCCGGAGGCUGAUUUAUCUUCGCAUGCUGAUUCGGAGGAUGAUAUGGAGGAGGAGGAAGCUGUCACGAGCUAUGUGCCAGAGGGGCCGUCUUCACUGGUGAGUCAGCAAGAACUGACAGUUGCUGAUGUGCCUAUGGACCCCAGCCAAAUUGAGGAGGAAACAGAGGCCGGUAACGACGAGGGGGAGCCCCUAUUGGAUGCAAGAGAGAGACGUAGGAGACGUCGUAGAGAACAGCUAUUGCCACGUCCCAAGAGGUGUGGUCAGGAGACAUAGGGCCACACCCUACAAAGUAUAAAAGGGAUGUGACUGGGCUGGAAAGGCGUGGUGAACAAUUUGUUGGCGUUUUGGAUGCAGUGGAGUUACAGCUGUUAGUUUGGAGUUUUUGACAAGAGUCUGCAUUCCUGCAUUAGCCUGCUGGCCGUCUGCCAAGACCUUUGGAACAUUGCCGGUUGUGGGACUGGAAAAUAUCUUGAUGUCAACCACCUAGUGUAUAAUCUUGGAUGCGAUUAUUGUGGCCCCUUAAUCGAGAUUGCAAGAGAUAAAGGCUGUGAAGUGAUGAUCUGUGAUAACCUACACCUCCCUUUUCGGGAUUUGUGCUUCAACGCCAUCAUCUCCGUGGGAGUGAUUCAUCAUUUCUCCACAAAACAAAGACGAAUCCAGGCAAUCCAAGAAAUGGUCAGGGUGCUAGUACCAGGUGGCCAAAUGAUGAUUUACGUCUGGGCUAUGGAGCAAAAAACCCGACAUUUUGAGAAACAGGAUGUAUUUGUUCCUUGGAACAAAGCCUUGUGUUCCCGUUUGCUUUCAGAAUCCAAUAAACCCAGGCCUAAAACGGAUACUGCACCCCCUAUAGAACCUCAGACGACGCACUCAAAACCCCCGAUGAGUUCAAAAUGCUGCCAGCCUGCUCCCCUUGAUCAGAACCCCCCUCUGAGAUUGGGUAACUGCCUCUCUGGAUCCUGCUGUGUGAAAAUUUCUGAAGACGAAGAAAAAAGAUUUUACGGUGCCCUGGGGAGAUCUUUUCGUUCCUGGUUUUCCUCCCGAUCUCUUGACGAGUCUGCCUUAAGAAAGCAAAACGAAAAGAUGGAACCCUUGAAGGAUGUGGUGGGUUGGACAAGCAACGCCAUUUCUGUUCAGCCCCUCAGGCACUGCAGCGUAGACUUAGGGUGUCACUCAGCACUGCUGGAAGGACGACAGCUAGAUCACUAUGACGACGUGUUUACAAAGUGUGUGGCCUGUAAACAAAUCCAGUGGCUGGCAGCUUCAGGGUCCCUGAGGGAUUUUGACGGGGAGCCGGCUACCUUAGUCCAACACCGCAACGGGGAAACCUCGUUUCUAAGGAAUUCUGUGGAAAACGUCAAGAAUAGCUGUAGCCAUCAAAGCAAUAGUCACUUCUUUGCAGGAAAACCCUUCAAAAGGAUUUCAUCCGUUAGCUCUAGCGAGUCUGUGGUAGAAUCAGCGGUGGCGGUAGGAGACUGUGCGGUUAAUGGACAGGACGCCAGAGCCUUUAUGCGCUAUUACCAUGUUUUUCGCGAAGGGGAGCUGUGCUCUCUGCUGGAAGAAAACGUUCCUGAGGUUCGCAUAGUAAGUUCAAGCUAUGACCAUGGUAACUGGUGCAUUAUUGUGAAGAAAACAAUAUGCAACAGCUGAAAAGUUAGGCUUUCCGAAGCUGCGAUCGAAGGAAUGUUAUACAUUUUGCCAGCCUUUUAAUCACCUAUUCUGUGUGCACUGGUACAGUUUGAAUACGAAGAUGCCACUAUGAAAGAAUAGCACUUAACAGUUUGUUGAAAAACAAGCUUUUUCUUUCUUUUUUCUUUUUCUUUCUUCUUCUUCUUUUUUUUUUUCAAAUACCCAUCCUCAGUUGCUUUUUAGGAAAUUUGGGAGUGAGGUGUUUUGGGUUUUUUAAAGCAUUUUAUAAAUAAAACUUUUUACAAGCGAA